AUGUAAAGCCCUACUUCAUAUUAAUAAGCUGCAAUCGGGGCUUUAAGUCCUUGAUUAGGAGAGUGUGAGAGCUUUUGGUCCCAACUGGCUGUGCCCAUAGGCUUGUCACCAGGAGAACAUUUCUGUUAAUUGCACCGUCCUCUGUCAAGGAAAGUUUGAUUUAUAGCUGGGGUGCACAAAUUAUGGUUGCUGAGCGCACAUGGAUUCGGUAGAACUUUGCCUCCCUGAAUCUUUUUCCCUGCACUACGAAGAAGAUUUUCAGAAUUUAAAGAGCAAUAAUUGAAGGAGAAUAUAGGAAAUAAUAUUUCGUUGGAUUCCUUAUUUUAAAACAAGAUGUCUUCCAGAGAUUUGCCCAAUAUAUCUCAACAGUGGAUAAAGCUUCUCUGCAGAAUGUCAAGCAAAGAUCGACACAUUGACUCUACCUGUUCGUCAUACAUCAAGACGGAACCCUCAAGUCCGGCCUCCUUGACAGACAGUAUCAACCACCACAGCCCGGGAGGCUCUUCCGACGCCAGUGGGAGCUACAGUUCCACUAUGAAUGGACAUCAGAAUGGACUAGAUUCACCACCGCUGUACCCAUCUGCCACGGGUCUAGGUGGCAAUGGACCUGUCAGGAAAAGAUAUGAUGACUGCUCCAGUACCAUUGCCGAAGAUUCACAAACAAAGUGUGAAUAUAUGCUAAAUGCAAUGCCCAAAAGACUUUGUCUGGUGUGUGGCGACAUAGCAUCAGGUUACCACUAUGGUGUGGCUUCAUGUGAGGCCUGCAAGGCCUUUUUCAAACGGACAAUUCAAGGUAACAUAGAAUACAGCUGCCCUGCAACGAACGAAUGUGAAAUAACAAAGCGCAGACGCAAGUCGUGUCAAGCCUGCCGGUUCAUGAAGUGUUUGAAAGUCGGGAUGCUGAAAGAAGGAGUUCGCCUUGACAGAGUACGAGGAGGCCGACAAAAGUACAAGCGCAGGAUAGAUGCAGAGAAUAGUCCAUAUCUCAAUCCUCAGCUUGUCCAACCAGCCAAAAAGCCAUAUAACAAGAUUGUCUCCCAUUUGCUGGUGGCUGAACCAGAGAAGAUCUAUGCUAUGCCAGACCCUACAGUCCCUGACAGUGACAUCAAAGCCCUUACUACACUUUGCGACCUGGCUGAUCGAGAAUUGGUUGUUAUCAUUGGGUGGGCCAAACAUAUACCAGGAUUCUCUACCUUAUCACUUGCCGAUCAGAUGAGUCUUCUGCAGAGUGCAUGGAUGGAGAUCCUCAUCCUCGGAAUUGUUAACCGAUCUAUCUCCUUUGAAGAUGAACUAGUCUAUGCUGAAGACUACAUAAUGGAUGAAGACCAAUCAAAGUUGGCCGGGCUGCUGGAACUGAACAAUGCCAUCUUGCAGCUUGUGAAAAAAUAUAAGAGCAUGAAGCUUGAGAAGGAAGAAUUUGUAACCCUAAAAGCUAUAGCUCUUGCAAAUUCAGAUUCAAUGCAUAUAGAAGAUAUAGAAGCUGUCCAGAAGCUUCAAGAUGUGUUACAUGAGGCUCUGCAAGAUUUUGAAGCUGGACAGCACAUUGAAGACCCUCGUCGGGCUGGCAAGCUAUUGAUGACUUUGCCUCUUCUUCGGCAAACAUCUACCAAGGCUGUCCAACAUUUCUACAACAUUAAACUAGAAGGAAAAGUUCCUAUGCACAAACUUUUUUUGGAAAUGCUUGAGGCCAAGGUCUGACUAAAAGCAUAAUUGGAGUCCCCAGGGUGCUGACUGGUAGAAUAAGGGAAAAGUAAAAAGUUCUGACAAAUAAACUUAGAACUGAACACAAAGCAAUUGACUGCACUGAUAUUAGCAGCAAGACUUAAACCGCUUUCAACUUUUUGUCUGUAUACUAAAGAUACAGGUAUUUCCUCUUCCUUUUUUGCUGCUGAAAUAAAAAAUAUUAGAAUUUUUUAAAAAGUCUUUAACUGCAAGAGAUGGAAGCCAGCCCUGCCAAAGGACAGAAAUCCAUAGAAAGGAUACCACUGAAUUUAAUAUGGACCAUAAAGUCCUCCACAUCAUUGAAGGAAUCAACAAGAGAAACGUCAUAUCUUGACUAUAGUUCACGUGAAUGAGGUGUUAAGAUUUCAUGGGAGUAGCCUCUAAUUCAGAGGAGGCUAUCCUCCAUCCUUACAGCUGCUGUCCAACUCCAACAUCUGACAUUCUCAUCCAGACAGCUGGACUACGGUUAUAGGAGUUGUUGGUCAUAAAAAACAGAAGUGCCGUACAUCGCCUAUCAAUGGACUCCUGACCGACAUCUCUUUGGCUGCUUCUUACCAUUUCAUUUACGAUUAAGAAUAAUUUAUGGCAUUUGAUUCCUUAAUUGUUUUUUCAAGUCUUCCAGAAAUUUCUUGGUUAUGUACUAUAGUAACUUUUUUCAGGGAAUAGUUUGAGCUUUCGUCAAAUACUAAUUCAAAACAGAAUUCUAAUUCUGGCUUGAGCAUCAAUGAACAAUAAUUAAAGAUGGAUAAAUCCUUGAGGGUUUUUUUUUUAAUUUUAUUGGUUCACUUGUUGUUAUAAAUUGAGGUUAUUUUGUAUCAGCUUUACCAUGUUUCAGCCAUUUACUAAUGUUGAUAUUUAUCUGAUUCAAGCAAUAGUCGAAAGGAGAGGUGCAUAUUACCACGGAUGCAAUUUAUGUUGUGUGCCAGUCUAGUCCCUAAUAUUCUGUUUCUUCAAAGGUAUUAAAAAAUGGAUAUAUCUUUAUGUUCAAAAAUAUUAGAUUACACCUGCAAUGCAAACAUGAAAUCUAGUGCACUUUUAGUUAAGGGGGUGUUUGCAAAUUUGUUGCUGCCUCUUUAACAGAAGAAACUGAAUUUUCUCUGCUAUCGGCCCGUCAUUACCUAAGCAAGUAUCAAAUGCGCAAAACCAUGUUGCAGGCAAUAAGACAAAGGCCAGCAAUAAAAAUGUAAUAAUGUUUAUAAUGUUUAGACCAUCAAAAAGGGAAAAUAAUAACUGUUAGAACAGUUCUUUCUUAAUUGUCAUUUUUUAACAAAUAGCUCUAGCUGAUUUUCUGUCGGUAUUGCUGGAGAAUGAUCGGAGUUUGAGUGUAAAAAGUCAGCUAAAAAUGUUAAAAGAGGUUGUAAUCUAAUGUCUGUGCCACCAUAUUGCUGACAUAAAAUGGGUUGAAAAGAGUGUAUUCGAAUGUCUUUUGAAUAUUUUCUGGUUCCUAAAAGCCGCGGUCACUAAUUAAGAGUUAUAUCAGUACUAUGCCAAGUGUUAAUAGCUGCUCUCUGUCCUGUAUUAUGUGAAUGCCCCUAUUAUAUUUACAAAUGACAUUAAAACUGAAAUCCUAACAGACUAAAACAUUGUAGUUCAGCUUUUCAAUGUUUCCUGGUUGCUGUGUAUUUUCCUUGAACUUAAUUAUGCCAAUAUUUCUUUCCUUUUCUUUUGCUUUGCAGCCGUCAUGCCCUUUGUGUGGCAUUUUCAUUCUUGUGUUUUGCGCUUUUUUAGACGCAGGGAAGAAUUCGAGAAAAUACCACAUUUUAAAAAUAUCUCAGCAGCCACAAUGUAUGGUUCUUUCCAUGAGUAAAUCACACCGAAAAUGUAGAAUGUUUUCAAAAGCCGAACUAUUAAAAAAACUAAAAAGGUUUUGACCCAAGAUGGUUCUCAAGAGGACACAAAUGUAUAUCUUAUAUAAAAAAAAUUACUUAGAUAAGCCUAAUUUUAAAAAAAAUGCUGUAAAUAUAGCUUUUAUGGAACCAUCUCAAAAGUUAACUAUCUCUGUGUUGUUUCAAACUUUUUUUCUUUUUGUGCUUAAGGUUCCCGAAAAAAAAAAAAAUAUUGCUACUUUGUGCGCUAUACAACCGCCUGGUGUCCCGCCAGUCGUGUUUAAUAAAUACUGUGUAUCUAGCUAUAUAAAGACUAUAUUGUAGAUUGUGGUUUCUCAGUAGAGAAGUAACUGUAGUGUGGUUCUAGAUAAAUCAUCAUUAGCAAUUCAUUCAGAUGGUGAAUACCUUGAAAUUAAUAGUGCUGGUAGGUGUUCAUAGACUGCCACAUCCCUUUUUUCAGAUGACAAAAUGUACAAUUCCUGGAAUAAAAGGUGCUGAGUUAGGAUAUUUAUUUAUCUAAGCAUAUAAUAUAUACAUAUAUAUAUAUAUAUUGUUUUCCAGAGCGCUUGGGAAAGUCUGACAUUGAUUCAAUAACACUUUAUGCCUACAUACUAUACAGCUUUCAACUAUACACAUUUUCACUGUAUUAAAGUGUGUCUUUACUGGGUUAUAUUUGUACAACUCAUCAUAGGAAAAGAGUUAAAACAUUAACCAAACAAAAAAUUAAAUUAGAAUUUGAAUAACUGUGAAAAUUAGAAUUCAACAGACAAAACUAAUAGAUCAUGUUAAACCUUGCUCAAUUACUAUUAUUAUUUUUUUAUUUUUUUGAGGGGGGGUAAAAUUAUACUUGGCAUGGGUUAUAGUUAAUGGUGUAUGAUUGAGAAUUAAAUACUAUAAUAUAUCAUUUGCUUUAUUUCUAAAUAAUUUUACUUCUCUUUAUUUAAAGCCAUUCGAUUGCUUGUACCUGGGGAGCCGCAACUGUGUCUCAAACAGAUCAGAUGUAUUUAUUCCAGUAUUUUGCAUUUAAAUUAUAUUAAAAAAAAGAUAAAAAAAAAUAAAAUUUACUAUUUUUCUUAUUGAAAGAAAAAAUGGGUGAUGAUGAUUUUAUUUAAAUUAUUUAAGCUUUACUGUUUACCUGUCUCAAAACAAAAAAAAAAACAUCUUAUGGCGGUAUUAUAGGCAAAGAGAAUUUUUUUUAAAUACAAUAAAUUAAUGGACAUGAUUAUUAUGAUCCAGGAGUUGUGACAUAGCCAGAAAUUACAAAUUAGAAGAAGAAAAAAAAAAGAAUUAAAAAAAAGAAAAUAAAAAGAAGAUAAAAGAAAAAAAAAAGAGGAAACCAUGUCUAUAGUUGUAGAUGUGCUUCACAUCUGUAAAGCAAUCAACUGUAUAUUUUUGUGAUGUGUACCAUACCAUGUGCUCCAAAAAAUGUCCAUUUGUGUAAAUGUAUUUAUUUUAUAUUGUAUAUAUUGUUAAAUGCAAAAAGGAGACAUGAUUCUGUAACUUAAAUCGGUUCAGAUAUGUAAGUCAAAUAAUUAUGCCUUUCAGGAUAAUGGUAGAGCAAUAUUAAACAAGCUUCCACUUUU